UCAUCUUAGUUCUGAACGGCUAGGAGAAAGGACUGUAUAAGUUUAAGAUCUUUUUGUCCCAUUCAGACGACACACUGGCACUGAGUUGCUUCAAAGGCUAAACGAUAUCAAAGGGAACACCUCUUAUGGAGAACUCGCUGAUCAUGUUGUUUCUACUGAUUUUUGUGCUGAUAACCCUGGCUUCUGCGACCGCCAAUAAUGUCAGCAGCAAACCAAGUGACAACAAAGUCUCAAUGUGUUACGGUGGACAACCAGGGACAAAUGGCAUCCCCGGCAUGCAUGGCAUGCCGGGUUCCCCUGGGACACCUGGCCGUGAUGGACGUGACGGAGUCAAAGGAGACCAGGGCAGCCCGGGAAAGAUUGGACUUCAGGGACCAGCUGGCGCAGAAGGAAAGAAAGGAGAUAAGGGAGAGUCUGGAGCCCAGGGCCCCGCUGGGCAAAAGGGACAGCGAGGGGAGAAAGGUGAGAGUGGAAUUCCAGGAUCGCCUCAGCUUUCCUCGUACAUGAACUGGAAAGAAUGCACCUGGAAAAAAGGCGACGACAAAGACUCAGGUGUGAUCCAGGCAAGUGAUUCACAACAUGAGUGUAUAAUGUAUUCAACAAAGCUCUGUCAUUAUUUGUCAUUACUAUAACUGUAGCUCACGCUAAGCCACAAGUGAUACGUGGGUAAUUUCCCGAGCUUCCUAGCGCGCGGUCCCCAAAAAACACGUAUUUUGCAAAACGUGAUGCGAACGUCAGAUUUAGAGCAGUCAAAGUUGUCUUGCUAGUCCUGUCCUACAACGGAGCUCUUUCCUUAGAUUCCUUUAGAUUUCGACCAGUCCAUUAUCUUCGUCGCUGGAAAAAGGUAAUUUGUAGCUCAAUUUCGUUCUGUUUUUUUAUUGUGCCGUCGUAAGAUUUUCGUAUAUUUCGUUAAAACAAGCCGACUCGCCAACGGUUCGUUUUCUCAUCGAUUUCUUUGUCAUGUACUACUUCCUAGUUUUACUCUUCUUUCUGUAACCCGCUGAGGAUAUUAAAAGAAAGUUGUAAUUCUGAGAGCAGUGUGAUGGUAAAUUGUUUGGACCGAAUUUGGACCUAUUUAUCGUGCGAAAGUUCGCCGGUAACAAUAUCUAUGAGAUAAAAUUUAAUCGUUGAAGAGGAUUUUUGGCAUAAUUUAGCAAAUCGAGCAUAAUUUUUAGCCUUUAUCUAAAUUUAGCACUGCUAGCAUAAUCUGGCAUUUUUGCCUUCAAGAAAUGAUUUGAUGUCGUUUUGAAUAUAUUCAUUUUUACUUGUUCUGUUUUUAAACUUCUGUUACUGUUGUCUUCGGGUCACCUUGUUCUUGGUCUUUGGCCUUGUGCAUAUGGCUCGGUAGUGAGCUGUCUGAGCAUAAAGAUCUCAGAUGGCGUCUUCGUCGCCGAUCUCAGCACUUCCCAAGUUCCAGUUCAGAUAGUUCAGCAGCUUACAAUGUCGUACAGAGAGCUUCAGUCUCUUGGAAGCGUUUAUUGAA